AUGAGCGCUGUGGAGGCUUUUGUUCUGCAGGCGCUGGCGUCGGCGGAUGCUGUCGCAUCCGACAAGCUGGCGGAGACGCUGCGGGUCAACCACCAGGACGUCGUGGGUGCCAUCAAGUCGUUGGAGUCGGACGGCUACGUCGUGUGCGAAAUGAAAACAAGGCCAACGUGGAAGCUGACAAGCGAGGCCGUGAAGAUAUGCGAGGGCGGCAGCCCCGAGUUCCUCCUCUGGGAGUUGCUGGCGGAGGGUGCGAUGCCGCGGGCCGACGUCGCAGCGAAGUUGGGAAACGAAGCCACGGCCGUGGCGCUAGCGAAUGGCAUGAAGGCGAAGAUCUUCACUUUAACGAAAAAUGAAGGCCAUGUCAUCGUCGCGCGUUCCCCCGGCGUCUCCUCCUUUCACGACGGCACGCGCGUUUCCCUCACUCGGGCGUUGAAGGGCGAACACGUCGAUCCGAAGGACGCGGAGACGCUGAAAAAGCGCAAGCUGGCGACGCUCGACAACGUGAAGGUCUUCUCUGUGACCAAGGGCCCAAACUACGCGGCAAAACGACGGGCGAAGGCGGUGGGGGAUCUUACGAAGGAAAUGCUGCAGGAUGGCUCAUGGAAGACGACCGAGUUUAAGGAGUAUAACUUGGAUGCGGCGGGCCGAGAGGUGAGCUGUGGCCAGCUGCACCCGCUGCUGAAGGUGCGCCAGGAGUUUCGCGAGAUAUUUAUGGAGCUCGGCUUUCAAGAGAUGGAGACAGAUCACUGGGUGGAGUCGUCCUUUUGGAACUUUGAUGCCCUCUUUAUUGCGCAGAAUCACCCCGCCCGGGACGUGCAGGACACAUUUUUCGUUUCAAAGCCUGCAACGCAUGAGCUUGACCACCGCGAGGUUGUGGACCGCGUGCGUGACAUGCAUGAAAAGAAGUUCAAGUACACCUGGAGGGAGGAGGAGGCGCGGCGCAACCUCCUGCGCACACACACGACGUGCUGCUCGGGGUAUUGGCUCCACCGAAUUGCGAAGCUGUCCCCACUGCUGCCGGAUGGACGUCGCGAUUUCCGCCCUGGUCGCUACUACAGCAUUGACCGUGUCUUUCGCAAUGAGGAGAUGGACCGCACACAUCUUUGCGAGUUCCACCAGAUUGAGGGCUGCGUCAUUGACCGCAACAUCUCUCUCUCGAACAUGAUGCACACAUUUCAGCUCUUUUUUAGCCGCAUUGGUGUGGAGAAGUUGCGCUUCAAGCCCGUCUUCAACCCGUACACGGAGCCCUCGAUGGAGAUCUUCGGCUGGCACAAGCAGCUGAGGCGGUGGAUUGAGGUGGGCAACAGCGGCCUCUUCCGCCCCGAGAUGCUGGUGCCGCUGGGCUUUGACGAGGACGUCACGGUGAUGGCGUGGGGACUGUCGCUCGAACGGCCAACGAUGAUCAAGUACGGCCUGUCAAGCAUCCACGAGCUCUUUGGUCACAAGGUUGACCUGCGCUUCAUCAAGCGGUCUAAGCUGAUGCGCUUCUAA